AUGGCAACCAACCGGCCGGACACUCUGGAUCCUGCACUUGUGCGACCAGGACGUUUGGAUCGCAAGGUGGAGUUCAGCCUGCCAGAUUUGGAGGGCCGAACUCAUAUCUUCAAAAUCCACGCUAGGUCCAUGUCGGUCGAGAAGGAUAUCCGGUAUGAGCUUCUGGCGCGGCUGUGUCCAAACAGCACAGGUGCUGAAAUUCGCAGCGUCUGUACGGAAGCUGGUAUGUAUGCUAUACGAGCAAGGCGCAAGAUGGCCACUGAGAAGGACUUCCUCGAGGCAGUUAACAAAGUCAUCAAGUCGUACGCCAAGUUCAGCGCGACCCCGCGAUAUAUGACCUACAACUGAAUCAAACUAACAUAUCGGAC